UGUGCUGUGUCCCUCAGACACAGCGGAUCACCGGUCCACGGAAAGAGCCGAAGACGUCGGCUCGGCCAUGUAAUCAGCUGUGUCCAAUCACAGCUGAUCACAUGGGACAUGUACACUGAUCAUCAUUGCACUGAUGAUCAGUGUGCCCUGAUGAUCAGUGUGGCCCCAUAAGUGCCACCUGUCAGUGUCCAUCAGUGCCAGCUGUCAGUGCUGAACAAUGCCACGUGCCAGUGCCCAUCAGUGCCACAUCAAUGCCACAUAUCAGUGCCUACCAAUGCACAUCAAUGCCACAUAUCAGUGGCCAUCUGAGCUGCCUUUCAAUGUCACCCAUCAGUGCCACCUAUCAAUGCCAACCAGUGCCACCUAUCAGUGCCACCUAUCAGUG